AUCAUAACUUGCCUUGACUCUUCCACCUUGGACGCAUUCAGCGCAGUCUUAAAAUUCGCUUUUUUCUCUUCCUUUCUCCUUUCGUUUCCUCAGUUAUUCUUGUUUCACCACAUCAGCAGCCUCAGCAUCGUCAAUCGGAACCUCUGCAGAGGCUCAAUCCCCCCAAAAAUGUCUCCCUUCAACCUCGAGACCUGCGCUCGCCCCAAUAUCCUCGCAUUGCAGCCCUAUCGCUGCGCUCGAGACGACUACAAAGAUGACGGCACAAACAUCCUCCUCGACGCAAACGAAAACGCAUACGGCCCUUCCCUCUCCGCUGCUGCCGUAUCCUCCGUCUCGCAAAGCAAAGAUGGCCUUGGCAUCGAUCCUCUCGGCCUGCACCGCUACCCGGAUCCUCACCAGGUCGAUUUGAAGCAGCUGCUCUGCAAGCUGCGCAACACCCACGCGCACACUGAAAAGACGCUUACCGCAGAGAACCUCUUUGUGGGCGUCGGUAGCGACGAGGCCAUCGAUGCGCUGCUGCGCUGUUUCUGCGUGCCGGGCAAGGACCGCAUCUUGACCUGCCCUCCUACCUACGGCAUGUACGCCGUCUCAGCGCAAGUCAACGACGUCGCCAUCGUCAAGGUGCCGCUUCUCCCUGCUCCCACGUUUGGCCUCGACGUCCCCGCCAUCUCCGCCGCCCUGUCGUCCGACUCAUCCAUUAAGCUGCUCUAUCUUUGCUCGCCCGGAAACCCCACUGGUUCUCUCCUAGCCAAGGCUGAUGUCGUUGCCCUGCUCAACCACCCAUCAUGGAACGGCGUCAUCGUGCUAGACGAGGCUUACAUCGACUUUGCUCCCGAGGAUGCCUCCCUCGCCGAACUCGUCACCGAGUUCCCUAACCUUGUCGUCAUGCAAACCCUCUCCAAGGCCUUUGGCAUGGCCGGCAUCCGCCUCGGCGCCGCCUUCGCCCCGGCUCCUAUCGCAUCACUACUCAACAGCCUCAAGGCACCCUACAACAUCUCCAGCCCAACCAGCGCCCUCGCCUCCUCCGCCGUCAGCACGGAGGGUCUCGCCGUCAUGCACGCUAACCUCUCCAAGAUCCUCACUCAGCGCGAUAGAAUCAUCAGCGAGCUGCCUUCGAUUCCCGGUGUUGGCCGGCUUCGCGGUGGCACGGCAAGCAACUUCCUGCUAUAUGAGAUGCUCAAUGCACAGGGUCAGCCGGAUAAUGCCAUUGCGCUGGCUGUGUAUGAGAAACUUGCUGAGACGAAGGGUGUGGUUGUGCGAUUCAGAGGCAAGGAGCACGGAUGUCUUGGUUGCCUAAGAAUUACCGUAGGUACGGAAGAGGAAGUGACGCGGUUUUUGGAGGCAUUGAAGAAUACAUUGGCAGAAGUAAGAGGAAGCUCAUGAGGGAUGAAAUGAUGAGGAAAAUGGUGUUGUUUGUAAAAAGGGGAAAGCGAUUUACCUAGAUGGAUACCAUGUUGGAGAAUAGAACAGAGUAAAACAAGGAAGUCAAUGACAU